CAAAAGUCAUUAAAAAAAAAUAAAACACCGCGAAUUGAAUGUGCAACAUUUAAAUAAAGCAAAACAUAAAUUGAACAACGCUUACGAUAUUCAAUUAAUAAACGAUAAAAAAUAUACAAAUAUACGCAUAAAAAAAGUGUUUUUUGCCGCGAUGAUAAAUGGUGCGCGUUGAUUGAAAUCAUUUUGAAAUAUUCACCAAGACAUUGACACAUUGUGGUAUCCAUUCGGUUUUUUUUUUUCUGGUCGGGGCAAACAUGUUGAACCAUCUCUACUUCGCCCUUCUCACAGUUCUCCUCACAUCCGAGACGAUGAGAACUCUAGCUCUGAGCAGCGAUGGCGGCGUGGGCAACGCUGCUGGUGGCGGAUCGACAGCCAAUAAUGUUAUUCUGGAAGAUCCGGAAUUCACGGAUGUCAUUGAUAACAUAACAGUACCCGCGGGACGUAAUGUCAAAUUGGCCUGUUCGGUGAAGAAUCUGGGCACGUAUAAGGUGGCGUGGAUGCACUUUGAGCAGUCGGCCAUUUUGACGGUUCACAAUCAUGUGAUAACGCGAAAUCCAAGGAUUAGCGUAACGCAUGAUAAGCACGACAAGCAUCGCACCUGGUUUCUGCACAUCAACAAUGUCCAGGAGGAGGACAUGGGGCGUUACAUGUGCCAAAUCAACACGGUGACGGCCAAAACCCAAUAUGGCUUUGUCAAAGUAGUCGUGCCACCAAACAUUGACGAUGCGCUGACCUCGAGUGAUGUGAUUGUACGCGAGGGCGACAAUGUUACACUGCGCUGCAAGGCGAAAGGCAGCCCGGAGCCGUCCAUCAAAUGGAAACGGGAUGACAACCAUAAAAUUGUCAUCAACAAAACGCUCGAAGUGAAUGACCUGGAGACGGACUCGUUGGAAUUGGAGCGCAUCUCGCGCCUCCACAUGGGCGCUUAUCUCUGCAUUGCCUCAAACGGUGUGCCGCCCAGCGUCUCCAAGCGCAUCAAAGUCAGCGUCGACUUUUCACCAAUGGUUUGGAUUCCACAUCAGCUGGUGGGGAUUCCCAUGGGUUUCAAUGUCACGCUCGAGUGCUUCAUCGAAGCAAAUCCCACAUCCCUCAAUUACUGGACGCGAGAGAAUGAGCAAAUGAUUACCGAGUCCACCAAGUACAAAACUGAAACGAUUCCGGGCAAUCCAUCGUAUAAGGCGACCAUGCGACUGACGAUAACCAAUGUGCAGAGCAGCGAUUAUGGCAACUACAAAUGCGUCGCCAAGAAUCCUCGUGGCGACAUGGACGGCAACAUAAAGCUCUACAUGUCUAGUCCACCGACCACACAACCACCGCCCACAACCACAACGUUGCGCACAACAACAACAACAGUGAACUUUCUCUACGAUGCCAACACACCCUUCAAUGGCUUCUCUGGCGGCGAUUUGCCCACAAACUCGGUGAUUGUGUAUGAUAAAUUGGGCAAUAAGUAUCAAUCGAAUUUAAAUGAGAUCGGAAAAUCUGAACAGAAACUCAUGGGCAGCAAUCCGGAUAGCUACGAUUGGUCCAAAGGUAAACGCAGUGGAGGCCAUGCACUGCGAUCCAUCUUCUGGCUUGCAAUGCUUCUCACUCUGCUAGCAAUUGAAUCACAUCAUUAGGACAAACAAGUAAAUGCAAGCUGUAUUAAUAAAGUGCCAUUACCAAAAACAAAGAAAAUUACAAAAACGCAACAGAGCAAAACUAACAACUCGCAGCACACACAUUGCAACAAUAAUAACAAUGAACAAACAAACAAUGAAUAAAAACAACAAAUACUUAAUUAAACAAUUUGCCAAUUGCAAUGUGGUUAAAUUUAGGUUCACUUCGUUUACCCAACCCCCAAGCGAAAACAAUGAGGAAAAACAAAUACAAGUGCUAGAUUUAUAAAAAUAAUAAAAUCAACCAUAACAGUUUAUGGCAAACAAGCGGCAGUAAAUUAAAUAACAACAUCUAAAAGCAGUGGACAACCGAAUGGCGAAUGCUCUUUCUAAAACUUAAAACAAUUUUAUUUAGGUCUGUGUUUUCUUUAUAAAUAAUUAUUGUUUAAUUAUAGGAUUCAAAGUGAAGCCUGAUUUCACUUAUUAUUUAUGUGUUUAACGUUUAAAAGUAUUGCAAAUUAAACUAAUUUUUUUUAUGUUUUUAAUGUCUAAUAAAUUUUUUGAUUAUAUGACGUUUUACUUUACUUGAUGAAUAGCAUGUAAUAGGCCAAUUAAUAAUGUAUUAAAAAUCAACUUUUGUUAAUAAGCUGCCACUUUCGGUUCGGUUUCAUUAGGCAUAAGUUUUUUGUGGUAUUCCUUUGCAUUAUUAUGCCAAAAGCUGUUGCGGAAAAGAGCAGUUGAAACAAAUUACCAAGCACAUCAAAUAAGAUUGAAUUGGAAAAUAAGAAGAAAAAAAACAACAACAAAAAUCCGAAUGCUGCCAAAUUGUUAAAAUACACAAAUACACCAACACCAACACACACACACACAAACGCAUAUGUAAAUAAUUAGAUAAACACUCACAAACACACACGGACACUUUUAUGUAUUCAUCAGACAGACUAUUGUAAAUUAUGUACUCGUUAUAAGCAUUAUAAUAACUUGCGAUAUAAUUUGUAUUAAAUUAGACAGCAUUAUGAAUAAUUUUGGAACUUGAAGUACGAGUAUCAUCAGCUCAAGGCGAGACACUAAUCAAAACGAAAACAAAAACGAAAACAAAAACAUAAACAAAACACUACAAUUAAACUGUUAAUCAACACGCAAUUAAUUUCAAAUAAAACACAAGUAUUUAUAUUUAACCACAAAACUAAGCUCACAUAUUCAAAUGGCAGCCUAAUUAAGGAUAAAACUAAACUAAACAUAAACUAUAUUAUAAACGAGUACGAUACAGACAUAACAUAAAUAUAUCAUAGGCUUUAGUUUGUGUUUCUAAUUGAUAAGAGUGAUAAUGUACAUUAAAUUAAAUUAAUCCCCCCACUAAAA